UGACCUUAAAGUCAUGAGAUUAACUCUUGACAGUUCUUCCAUGUUUUAGCACAUACAUGAAGCGGGGCUUCCUCGAUGAGUUAGCCUCCAGCAGGCUGCUAUUUAAAGACGCGAAAGAAAUUUCAUUUGCUCAAGGCAAAGAGCAGCAGCGUCUCCGUGACGGCCCCAGGAAUAACGGCUGCGUUUCGGCAUAGAUCAGACCCAGCAAAUCCCAAAGGCCAGGUAGUGGGCCCAAAAGGAAUUGGACAGAACGUUGCACGGCAGCUCUCGUUUCCCCAGGCAGACUCCGUCACGACUGGCACGGCACGCUCUUUUAAGGAAUGACGUUUUUAGCCGGUGCUGUCGGAUUGCACGUUCUUCACUCGGAAAGAAAUCCUUCGGUUGCAUGGCCGAUACCAUGAAAUGGCACCAAACGUUGUGCCCAUGGACUAUACAAAGGACCCAGAUGUUAAACUACCUAUGCAGCUUAUAAUAAACAUGCCUGAGCUAAAGGAGAAUCCCUUCAAGGAAAGGAUUGUGGAAUCUUUCUCAGAAGAUGGAGAGGGAAGCCUCAGCUUCAAUGAUUUUGUGGAUAUGUUCUCUGUGCUCAGUGAAAUGGCUCCCAGAGAGCUUAAAGCAAUCUAUGCCUUUAAGAUCUAUGAUUUUAACACAGAUAACUUCAUUUGUAAAUCAGACUUGGAAAAAACCCUCAAUAAGCUGACCCGAGAAGAGCUAACAGCAGAAGAAAUCACUUUAGUUUGCGAGAAAGUGAUAGAAGAAGCUGACAUGGAUGGUGAUGGGAAACUAGGAUUUGCAGAUUUUGAAAACAUGAUUUCCAAAGCACCGGACUUUCUCAGACAGCCUUUGCAAGCUUUGUACUGCUGUCAAGCAAAUGAAGAUGCAGUAAAGUCUGUUGCUUGAUUUCCACUGCUGUGGUUGAGGAAUUUUUUUAAGACUAGAAGAAAACACUGCUAAUCAUUGACCAGGGAAGAAGAUAUGCACUUUUGGCUGUUAUCCCAGAAGCUUGAGUAAGCUGUAAAUGAUAAUGACAGUUGCUAGUUCAGAAAAUUUGAUCCCAGUAGGUUUAUUUCACUCAAAAUUGCUAUCAUUAAGAAGGUGCUUGUAGUUUAAUGGAGGUAUUAGCAGUCUGAACUGGCAUUAGCUAAGUGUUCUGUUCUACAAGACUGGUUACAUUUUCCACAGGAAAUCGUUUUAUAAAUCAUUCUGGAAGCUUAAGCUUAUUUGAAUGCCUGAGGGUGAAACAUACUAUAACAAUUUGAAAUGGAGUUUGAGAAGAGAAGAAUGCGGCAUAAGUAACACCUGGAUGCUGCCAGAACUAGACAGAGAAACAACAGAUUAAACAAAAAUAUGUCUUUGGAAAUUCAGUAUUUCUGAAACUUUUGGGGGCCUUUACCUGUCUAACAGUUGAUGUUGUGACUCCAGUCCUACUUAAAGCUGAAGUAACAGAAGCUCUUUUACAGGAAAUGUGCAUCUCAUAAGACCUGUCCCAACGUGCAGAUUAUGUAGUUCUUAAGGACCAAAAUUAGAGCUAGUGACAAAUUGGCAAGAGAUGCUUAGCAAGAAAACAGUGGAAGGGAGUAAUUUUUGUCAGUAUUUUUCACAGAAUAUUUCAGCUGCCUCUUAGUAAAAAGCUUAAUCUCCGAAGUCCAAAAUGAUACUCUGAUAGAAAUACAAAAAUUUCCAAUAAAUAUCUUUCCAGUGAAGUGGAUUUGGAUGUGUUUUUUUUUAAGAAGACAUGCCUAAAAUGUUUUCCCAUACAAUGCUGUGGAUUUUUAGUUCCUAGAUAUUUCCUGUGUGGGACUUAAAUUUUCACAAGUUUCCAUUAGUAUGGGGCUCUAGACAUUUCCUGAGUUGUGAACAAGAUGUUUAUAAUUCUUUUUUUCUAAAACCUUAGUGCUGAUAACCAAUUUGCAUCACUGUACACUUUCUUUCAUGAUACUUACGCUAGUAUGCCAGACUGCUAUACAUCAUAUCUUUCAGUGUCACCCGGGUUGAAUAAACCCCUAGAUACAAAGUUCCUAGGGACCACUGUGAAUAUAAAAUUUUAUCUCCUCCAAACACAUACCACAGAGCUUCCUUCAGUGAAUUCCUGAUUCAAAUCAAAUAGCUGUGAUUAAGUUAGAGCAUUCUUUUUGUAAAACAAAAUCCAAAACCUGUACAUCCAUAACUUUUUAGACUCUCAUAUAUUCCAAACCUUUAAAAUUUUCUUUCGGUGUAGACAUCAAAAUUAUAGUUUUUACAUACAAAAAUUCUGAUUUCAGUCAAGAAAGAAAGAAACAUAUGGUUUAUACUGUCAUGACAUUGAACAGAGAUUACUACCUAGAGAAAGUGAGCUUUCAGCAUGCCCUCUUUAAAUUGUCUUUUACUGUCAUGCUAAGAUGCUCAGGAGUUCUUCUGAAAACUGAUGGCAGUGGUAAGGCAUGCUGCUUGCCUGUAUUAUAAUGCAAAUAGAAAGAAGAUAACAAUCAGGAUCUCUUGGUCCUAGCAAGAGAAACAACAGAUUUAUCUGCCUAAUUUGACUUGUUUAAGAACCCAAAUGCUGUGCCAUAGCAAAAGCACCAUUGGGAAACGUUUAGCUCUGCUCUACAUCCAGUAAACAGGUCAAUUUAUACUUGAUUUAAUCCAGUGCUGAGCUUGGCCCCCUGAGCUAACAUUUUCAGAAGAUGAAAAUUUCUCCCAGAAUGUUUAAUUCUUUCUGAGAGCGUGAGAGAAGAGAUUCUGAUUCAUUACACAGCGCCUUCCUUUUUGUACUUUAAGAAACAUGUUGUGUGUAAUGACAAAUGUGUUUAUAUCUCUUAAUCUUGUUCUUUCUU